AUGCAGUCAUGGCUUCAGGGGACCCGAGCCCAGGGCGACGAGGAGGCAGCGGGAGAGGCUGCCCGGAGACUGGCCUUCCUGAGACUGGGGCGUGGGCCCAAGCCCCGGCGGGCGUCACUGGCUGAGAGGGUGGUGCCCGCAGGCGAGGCAGCUCCCGAGCCCCCGCCCAAGGUCCCGGAGCCCCCGAAGAUAAAGGAGCCGUUGUCAGUGCUGGAGAUCCUGAGCUUGAUCCAGCAGCGCGAGCUCGCGCGGGCCGACGAGCACAUCUUGGAGCUGGAGGCCGAAGAGCUGGCGUCGUCGGGGGGCGGCGCGCCCGGGCCGCCCAAGGCCGAGGGCGCGGGCGGGGGCCGCCGGGCCCGGGACGUGGCUCUGCUGUACGAGGCCCUGCAGCGCGAGCUGUGGGCGCUGGUGCGCGAGACGCUGGCGGGCCCCGGGCCGGGCGCAGGCGCCGGGGCGCGCGCCGUGGCGCAGCUGGGCCAGGUGCUGGUGCAGGAGGAGGCGGCCGACGGGCGCCGGGGACCCGAGGCGGCCCGCAAGCUGCGCGCCCGCUGGGCGGAGGCGGUGGCGCGUGCGGCCCGGGAGCGCCUGGAGGCGGCGGCGCCAGGGGCGCCCGGGGGCCUGGCCGGGCAGCUGGAGGCGCUGAGGGGGCGGCUGCUGGAGGACAUGGGCGUGGUGCGGGGCCGCCUGGCGCCCUCCUACCCCGCCGGCCUGGGCGCCUUCGGCGUCUACCUGCGCGGCUACCACGGCGCGCUGGCCGAGUGGAUCGGGGCCGCCGCCCGCCGGAGGCUGCCGCUGGCCGACCGCUACGCGCUGCUGCACUGGCACAACCAGGUGUACCCCAGAGAGGUCCUAGGUCUGGUGGACAUGGUCGCCCUGGAAAAUGGGGAGCUGGAGCCCCUUCUGUCCCCUGGCACCCUUCGUGGCUUGGAGGAUGAAUGUGUCACAGACGUUAAGGCUCAGACACGGGCAGCCCUGCUUCGAGUGCUGCAGGAGGACGAGGAGCACUGGGCGAGUGCGGAGGACCCGUCCAGCAGCCUGGCACAGGAUGUGUGUGAGCUGCUGGAAGAGCACACAGAGCGAGCGCCCCGCAUCAGCCAGGAGUUUGGGGAGCGGAUGGCCCACUGCUGCUUGGGGGGGCUGGCAGAAUUCCUGCAGAGCUUCCAGCAGCGCGUGGAAAGAUUCCAUGAGAACCCAGGAGUCCGGGAGCUGCUACCCGACACCUAUAUCAGCAGGACCAUCUCCCUGGUCAAUUGUGGGCCCCCCCUGAGGGCUCUGGCGGAGCGCCUGGCCCGGGUGGGACCCCCUGAGAGUGAGCCGGCCCGGGAAGCAGCAGCCAGCGCUCUGGACCGAGUGACCCGACUCUGCCACCGCAUCCUGACCGACCUGCUGUUCCAGGAGCUGCAGCCGCACUUCAGCAAGCUGAUGCGCAGGAAGUGGCUGAGCGGCUCGGAGGCCCUGGAUGGCAUCGUGGGCACGCUGGGCGCCAAGGCCCUGGCACUGCGCAGGAUGCAAGAUGAGCCUUACCAGGAGCUGGUGGCCGAGCUGCACCGGCGGGCGCUGGUCGAGUACGUGCGGCCCCUGUUCCGCGGGCGCCUGCGCUGCGGCUCCGCGCGGACCCGCAGCCGCGUGGCCGGCAGGCUCCGGGAGGACGCGGCGCAGCUGCAGAGGCUGUUCCGACGGCUGGAAUCCCAGGCCUCGUGGCUGGACGCCGUGGUGCCCCGUUUGGCCGAAGUUCUGCGUCUGGAAGACACGCCCAGCAUCCAGAUGGAGGUGGGGAUGCUGGUGCGGGACUACCCAGACAUCAGGCGGAAGCACGUGGCAGCCCUCCUGGACAUCCGUGGCCUGCACCACACAGUCGCCCGCCACGAGAUCCUGGCGGUGGCCCGGGACUUGGAACUCUCUGAGGGGGGAAGCCUGUUGCCCCCCCGGGACCGUGCCUUCUUUGCAGACAUCCCUGUGCCCCGGCCGCCUUUCUGCCUCAGCCUCCCUCUCUUCCUGGGCCGCCUCUCCCUCUCCCGGCUGGCCUGCCUGCCCUGGCCUCGGCCUCCAUCUCCGUCUCCAUCACGGCCCCGGGCCCAACACUGAGACUCUCCCGGCUCCACCUCAGUGCCCCCCAUCUCUGCUGCUGACAGACCAUCCUCCCGACUCCCCGUCUGGGGCCACAGACCCCUGGGCUGGCAAGAUCAUUAGAGGUCUCCUCACCUACCCCCAAACUCCCUGUACAGAAGAGAAAGCGGCCAGAAGGAGCAAGGACUUUCCCGAGGCCAUGAAGCCUGUUCCAGCGCCACCUCCCCAGCCCAGUGAGUGGUGGGUGGUGUUUUGGAAGGCUCUACAGAAAUAUCCCAGGCCCCCCCUUUCCCCUCACCUCAAGGUCUGGCCUCAAUCCAAUGUAUUAAGGAACGUACGAUACUUAGAAUAAAGAGGUUUCUAUUUAACACAAGGAAGGGCUGAGUCCCCAGUGUGUGGGGGGGAGGAAGGACCCGGGGCAGGGCCCACGGCCAAGGGCUUCUCACACGCCCAAGGCCGGGCUAGGGUCCAACUCUUGGGCAGGGCAGUGGAGGCUGAGGCAGGCCCUGCGGUGCAGGAGCAGCCGGGCCGCCCUGUUUACACCAAGUCCCCGAGGCUGCGUGACUUCACAGCAGGCCCUUGGCCUCUCUGAGCCAGCGUCCCUCAUUUUGUCAACCCCAAAGUGCCUUCUUUCCUGGGCCUAGUGGUUCCACCUUGGCAAGCCCCCCCACCCCCAUCCUUAGCCGGGAAACUGUAUCAAGAGAGGAAGGAGGUUGGGGGCAGGGCUGGCGGCAUCCAGGGCGCCCUCCUGGGUUGACGCAGGAAAAUGUCAGGGUGGGAAAAAUUCCAGCCUCUCACCCCCAGCCCUGCCGGAUCCUGGUCCCCACGGAGACCUUGAGGUCACCUCCUUGCUGACCCCUGCCCCUCCGGCCCAG